UCAACCAACUUUUACUCCUUCAUUUCAUCACAUUAAAUAUUUGAACCCAUUUCAUUUGUGAGUUUCCAUCUCUAACAUACAAACAACAUGAGCUCAAAGGAUUUAUGGGUGCUUCUUUGUUUCUCUAUUGUGGGUUUGAGCUUGUUCUAUGGGAUGCAGUGCCAGGAAAUUAGUGACUUGGACAACCCAGUUGUUCUGCAACUUGUUACCCAGAUUGUGUAUAAUAGAAUAUCCAACUUGACCUCUCUUCUCAAUCAACAAAUCAAAACACGCUCCAGUUUCUGCGUCAAAGAUCAGGAUGCUGAUUGGAAUAAAGCAUUUAAUUUUUCUUCUGAUUUGGGCUUCGUGACUUCUUGCAUUCAGAAGAUUAAAGGAGAUAUUACUCCCCGCUUGUGUACAGCAGCAGAAAUACAGUUUUACUUAAAUAGUUUAUUUGAGAGACCUACAAGUGCCAACUAUUUAAAGCCUAACAAGAACUGCAAUUUAUCCUCAUGGGUCUCUGGUUGUGAGCCAGGAUGGGCCUGUAGUGUUCCCUCAAGCCAGCAGGUUGACCUUAGAAAUUCACAGGAGAUACCUGCCAGAACUACAAACUGUCAAGCAUGUUGUGAGGGUUUCUUCUGUCCUCAUGGCAUCACAUGCAUGAUACCUUGCCCUCUAGGUUCCUAUUGCCCUCUUGCUACACUCAAUAAUGCAACUGGUGUAUGUGAACCAUAUUUUUAUCAAUUGCCUCCAAUGCAGCCAAACCAUACUUGUGGAGGAGCAAAUAUCUGGGCUGAUGUUAGUAGCAGUAGUGAGAUAUUUUGUUCAGCAGGAUCGUAUUGCUCUACAACUACCAAAAGAAUUCCUUGCAGUAGUGGGCAUUACUGUAGGAUGGGUUCUACGUCUGAGGAAAGAUGCUUCAAGUUGAGCUCAUGUAAUUCAAACACUGUGACCCAAAAUAUGCACGCAUAUGGAAUUAUGCUCAUGGCUGCUUUGAGUACUUUGCUCCUCAUUAUUUACAGCUGUUCUGACCAAGCUCUCACUACUAGAGAAAGGAGAAUGGCAAAAUCCAGAGAAGCAGCGGCCAGAAGUGUAAGGAAGACUGCAAAUGCACGCCAAAGAUGGAAAGCUGCAAAAGAUGCUGCCAAGAAGGGUGCAAGUGGACUGCAAGCUCAACUAUCACGAACAUUUUCUCGUACAAAGGAUGUGGCAGACUCAGAAGAAGUUAAAAUUUUGAGUCAAGGAACUGCAGAAACAGAUAUUGAAUUGUUUUCGCAAUCACAACCUAUUACUUCAAGCAAGAUUUCAAGUUCAUCUGCAGUUCCAAAGGAAAAGGGUAAAGUACACAGUGAUCUGUUGCAGAUGAUACAUGAAAUUGAAAAUGAUCCAGAUAUCAGUGACAACUUUCAUGAAGAAAUAGAAACUAGAUAUAAAAAUGUUAUAGCGAAAGUGUCCAAGGAAAAACAACUGCAUACGCAUAGUCAAAUUUUUAAGUAUGCAUAUGCUCAACUGGAGAAAGAGAAGGUUCAGCAGCGAGAAAACAAGAACCUUACCUUCUCAGGAGUAAUUAGUAUGGCGACCAAAAGCGAACAAAGCAAACGGCCAUUACUUGAAAUUUCUUUCAAAGACCUAACUCUCACUUUGAAAGCACAAAAGAAACAUAUAUUGAGAUGUGUUACAGGGAAAAUUAAACCUGGCCGCAUCACUGCUGUCAUGGGUCCAUCAGGUGCUGGCAAGACCACAUUUCUUUCAGCAAUAGCCGGAAAGACAUUUGGAUGCAAAGUGACUGGUUCCAUUCUUAUAAAUGGAAAGAAUGAAUCAAUCCACUCCUAUAAGAAAAUUAUUGGCUUUGUGCCACAAGAUGAUAUAGUUCAUGGAAACCUGACAGUGGAAGAGAAUUUCCGGUUCAAUGCACAGUGCAGGCUAUCUGCUGACUUGUCAAAACCAGACAAAGUUCUGGUUGUUGAAAGAGUUAUUGAAUUCUUGGGGCUUCAGUCUGUACGAAAUUCUUUGGUUGGAACUGUGGAAAAGCGUGGGAUCUCUGGAGGCCAAAGGAAGCGUGUAAAUGUUGGAUUGGAAAUGGUCAUGGAACCUUCACUUUUGAUUUUGGAUGAACCGACAUCUGGUUUGGACAGUGCAUCGUCUCAGCUCCUUCUUAGAGCACUAAGACGUGAAGCUCUUGAAGGAGUGAACAUUUGCUUGGUGGUUCACCAACCCAGCUAUUCUUUGUUUAAGAUGUUUGAUGACUUAAUACUCCUGGCAAAGGGAGGUCUUACUGUAUAUCAUGGAUCAGUUAAGAAAGUUGAAGAAUACUUUUCAGGCCUUGGGAUAAAUAUCCCAGAGCGCAUUAAUCCUCCAGAUUACUUCAUUGACAUUUUGGAGGGCAUAGCAGUAUCUAGUGAAAGUUCAGGGAUCAGUUAUAAGGAUCUGCCAGUUAGAUGGAUGCUUCAUAAUGGAUACCCUGUACCUCUUGACAUGUGGCAGAAUAUGUACUUAACUGUAGACCCUGCUAAAGAAAUUGAUGUAGAAAGAAGCUUUGCUGAAGAAUUAUGGCAAGAUGUGAAAAACAUUGUGGAACUAAAGGGGGAGAAAAUAAGAUUGAAUUUUUUAAGAUCCAAAGAUUUAUCCAGUCGGAAAACUGCUGGUAUAUUCAAGCAAUACAAGUACUUCCUUAUACGGGUUGGGAAGCAGCGACUAAGGGAAGCUAAGAUUCAAGCCAUAGAUUAUUUAAUAUUAUUACUUGCUGGAGCGUGCUUAGGAUCACUUACUAAAGCAAGUGAUCAGACCUUUGGUGCAGCUGGAUACACCUAUACGGUGAUUGCUGUAUCUCUUUUGUGCAAAAUAGCGGCCUUGAGAUCAUUUUCUCUGGAUAAAUUACACUAUUGGAGGGAGAGUGAUUCUGGCAUGAGCAGCUUGGCUUAUUUUCUCUCUAAAGAUACAAUUGAUCAUUUUAAUACAAUGAUCAAGCCUGUGGUGUACCUUUCUAUGUUCUACUUUUUUACCUAUCCAAGAUCAACUUUUGCAGAUAAUUACAUUGUGCUGCUUUGUCUUGUAUACUGUGUGACUGGUAUAGCAUAUGCAUUGGCCAUAUUCUUUGAACCCGGCGCAGCUCAGCUAUGGUCAGUACUUCUUCCAGUUGUUUUGACACUUGUUGCAACACAACCAAAAGAUAGUAAAUUUUUGAAGGUCAUAGCUGAUUUAUGCUAUUCUAAGUGGGCUUUAGAAGCAUUUGUAAUUGCAAAUGCUGAAAGGUAUCAUGGAGUGUGGCUCAUAACUCGUUGUGGUUCACUACUGAAAAGUGGCUAUAAUCUUCAUGAUUGGAGUUUAUGCAUAUUCAUCCUCAUUCUUAUGGGUGUAAUUGCUCGUGUACUAGCAUUUUUCUGUAUGGUUACCUUUCAAAAAAAGUAAGACCAAUCUUCAAGCUACCACAUUCACGACCUAGAGGUGUACAAAUUGGAAGGCAAGAAUAGAAUUGUUUCCAAAAAAAAAAAAAAAAACAUGGUGUGUUUAUUAAUAUUUUGGGCUAAUGUUGAAUAUUGAUGCGAUAUCAUGCAAAAUGCAGUUGAUAAGAUCGUAUUAUGGCUAGUAUUGGUGUGUUUAUUCCUGUAAUGUAUCAUUAGUUA